AUGGCAACACUUUUACAUUAUCUAGAGUACCAGAUACUUGACCACUAUUUCACAGAUAAUAAUAUAUUUGGGUGUCAAGAUCUUGGUAGUGCUCAACCAGAGUAUUUUGACAGUAAUGGUAAUGCUGUAAAGUCAACUUCAACAUCAACGUCUACAUUACUAUACACCCCAUACAAUAGAGUAGAAGUAUUUAAUUUAAACGUGGUUUGCAAGAGAUGGUUUGGUCAUUUAUUAAAGCUUUUAAAUGAUGGAUCCCUCGAAUCCAUCCUCCACCAUUCUAGAAACUCAUUGCAAUCAAUCCAAAUCGUUCAAACAUGGGGGACUGUGAAUAAAGUCUUGACAAUAUUACAACAAUUUUUAAAUCCUUCUCCAAUCUUAAAGGCUAAUAAUAAUAAUAAUAAUAAUCAAAGACAACAAAAUAAUAGUAACAACAAUAAUAAUGAUAAUAAUAAUUUAAAAUCAGUUUAUUUGUUUUUAACAAAUACUACUAUUGCAAAUCAAGAAACCAAAGAAUUAGUGUCUGGUCAAUUAUCAAAUAUAUUUUGUCAACUUGAACAUUCAUUAGAAUCUAUAACACUAAGACAUGUGACACCAUUUGAUACGCCUAUACCACAGCUGGCUAUUGAAUCGUUGUUUGGACAUGUAUCUAGUAAUGCGGGUGAUGAGAUUUACCCGAAUCUUGUACACCUCUAUUUGUCGGGUCUAGAUGAUACAACCUUUCAGUAUUCGAAUCUUGACCGUAUGAAAUCACUACAAGAGAUUAAUAUAGUCACUCGCUCACCUCCCACAGUCAAUAGUCGAUUAUUGCAAUACCUAUUGACAACCAAAGUCCCAAGAGUAUCAAAUACAAUGACGUUAACCUCCCAAACCAUUGAAAUCAUUACCACCAAUACAAAAGUUUUGGCGUGGACUAUAGAGAUUAAUUUUACCGAUGAAUCUAUUCUCUCUAUACUUCCCUUUACCACUCCAUCACAUAUCACCGAAUUAAAGAUAAUUAUCAGUAAAUCAAUCAAACCACUUCCAAUUGUCAGAUUGCCAACAACUGAUAUUAAUUACAAUAAUAGUCCAAUAUGUCCAAUUAGAUUAGAUAACAAACAAUUAUUAAAACUAUCUUUAGAAUUGCUUGACAUUGAUUGUGAUAAUGGAUUCUUUGGGUUCUAUCAAUUCCAUACGUUGAUUGGUCAAGCCUACAAUAUCAAACUAUUAAGAAUAUCGACAAAGUAUACUAGUUGGUGUGAUCACGGUGGAUCACUCUUUAAGACAUUGAUUGACCAUAAUCCUAAUCUUGCAGCACUCCAAUUAUCUUCUUUGGGUCAUCAAGCUCCCCCUCUCAUGGUCUACACACCCGACAUUGAAAAUCUACUAUUACAACAUCCUCGCCUUGAUUUUAUAGGUGUUCAAGGUCUAGCCCAUAUAUUUUAUGGUAAUCAUUUUAAUUCUCUCUAUUCUAGAUAUCAUAAUAAUGGUCAAACUUGUUUUAGAAAGAAUAUUUCUUUUCCAAUUUAA